UCCCGCAGAAGGAGCGUUUCAACAUGAAUUCCACCCGCAAUCUUUGAGCGAUACAAGCAGACAUCACGGCGCGUCACUCAACCGGACAACAUCUAAAGUCUAUCCGAUCAAUGAGCAUCUUAUUUUCCAAUUAAGUAAUAACUGUGUCCGCGUUAACGUCUUCCUUGUGACUUAAACAUUGCCUUGCAGCGGGAUAAGGCUGUGAAUGUCGCGUUUCGCAUCUUUUCGCUCCGGUUGAAGCCGCAGGAGUAUGUGAUUAUGUUGGCGAUGCGCUGCCUCCUCCUGUGGGCUGCGGUCACCGCGCGACUCGCCGUGACAGGCUGGGGCAGCAGCAUCAAGCGGGAAGGAGCGUCGCGGGGACGCGAGCAGAACGCGUAUGCGGAGGAGCGUACGCAACCUCAACGCCUGCUGCAGCGGACUGACGCGGAGGAGGAGCUGCCGCACGCGCACCUGCGUACACUAGUGAAGACAGAUGCUGAUGGAGCGCAUCCGAUUCAUCUGGCACAGAUCUCAUUCCUGGUGAAGGCCUUCGGCAUCUCAUUCAUUUUAGAUCUGGAGCUCAACCACGAUCUCUUGUCAUCUAACUAUGUUGAACGCCACUUUGAUGAGGAUGGGCAGCCUUUUCAGAGUCUGGGUGGAGAGCACUGUUACUAUCAUGGUCAUGUGAGAGGAGUUCAGAGGUCAUGGGCGGCAAUUUCCACCUGUCAUGGCCUUCAAGGGAUGUUCUUUGAUGGAAAUUUCUCAUAUGGCAUCGAGCCGGAGCACAACAGCCACUCGAAGGAGGAAAACACUCAUGUUGUGUACAGAAUAACAGAUGUUUGGCUCACACCAGACUAUUCAGGAAACAGUGGAAACAACAGCGACUCUGACAUUAACAAUGACUCUCCCAUUUCUAUGGAGACGAACGAGCCAGAGCUCACAGAUGGGCUGAGACGGGAAAAAAGACAGGUUCGGAGGGGGCCGCGCACCGUUCAGAGUGAAACCAAGUAUGUAGAGCUACUAGUGGUCAAUGACUAUGAACUGUUUGUGCAGAUGCGGAGAUCUGCACCUCAGACGAGGAACUUUGCCAAAGCUGUGGUGAACAUGGCUGAUGCUAUCUACAAGGAGCAGCUUAACACCAGAAUAGUUCUUGUCGCCAUGGAGACGUGGUCAUCUCAAAAUAUGGUUUCUGUUGGCGAUGACCCUCUGGUGACCCUGCGCGAUUUUAUGAAAUACAGGAAGGAGAAUAUCAAAGAGAAGAGUGACACGGCUCACCUGCUCUCGGGACGCACAUUUCAGAGCAGACGGAGUGGCACUGCAUACAUUGAGGGCAUCUGCUCGGUGACACGAGGAGGAGGAGUCAACGAGUAUGGAAAUGUGGGGCCCAUGGCUGUCACCUUGUGCCAGAGUUUAGGUCAGAACCUUGGAAUGAUGUGGAAUAAGGAGCGUGCUACUGCAGGUGACUGCAGGUGUCCAGAUCCAUGGCUCGGUUGUAUUAUGGAAGAUACAGGAUACUAUCUACCCAGAAAGUUUUCACGGUGCAGUAUAGAAGAGUACAUUCAGUUCUUGCAGCAGGGAGGAGGGAGCUGCCUCUUCAAUAAACCUAACAAGUUGUUGGAUCCUCCUGAAUGUGGAAAUGGAUUUGUGGAACAGGGAGAAGAAUGUGACUGCGGCUCUCAAGUGGAAUGCUCUCGCGCUGGAGGCGCAUGCUGUAAGAAAUGCACUCUUACCCAUGAUGCAAUGUGCAGCAAUGGACUUUGUUGCAGCCGUUGCAAGUAUGAGCAAAGAGGGGUGGUCUGCAGGGAUGCAGUGAAUGACUGUGAUGUACCGGAGACGUGUACUGGAGAUUCCAAUAAAUGUCCUCAUAAUGUACACAAACUGGAUGGCUAUAUGUGCGAUGCAGGACAGGGCCGCUGUUAUGGGGGCCACUGUAAAACGAGGGAUGCGCAGUGUCAGGCUCUCUGGGGUCACAAUGCAGCAGAUCGCAUGUGUUACGAGAGGCUGAACACUGAGGGGACAGAGCGGGGCAACUGCGGUCAGGACCCCAGCUCGCAGGCCUGGAUUCAGUGCAAUAAACAGGAUGUGUUGUGUGGGUUUUUAUUGUGCACUAAUAUUACGGUGAAACCACGGUAUGGAGACUUACAAGGAGAAAUCACAAGUCUUACCAUCUACCAUCAGAACAAGUACCUGGACUGUCGUGGGGGUCAUGCGGUGUUAGAAGAUGGCACGGAUCUUGGGUAUGUGGAGGACGGAACACUGUGCGGUCCUAAUAUGAUGUGUCUGGACCAUCGCUGUCUACCUGUAACCACCUUCAACCUGUCGUCCUGUCCUGGGUCAUCAUCAUCUCUUGUGUGCUCUGAUCACGGGACAUGCAGUAAUGAGGUGAAGUGUAUCUGUGACUCAGACUACACCGGAAAGGACUGCAGUGUGUACGACCCCAUCCCAGAUCCCCAGCCUCCGGACGGACCUGAGAAAUACAAAGGUCCCAGUGGUACAAACAUCAUCAUUGGCUCUAUAGCUGGAGCGAUACUGCUGGCAGCUAUAGUACUGGGAGGAACCGGAUGGGGCUUCAAAAAUAUCAGAAGAGGAAGGUAUGAUCCUGCCCAACAAGACAUGAUGUGAUGUCGUACACCCAGCACAUACAUCAGCCCUGUUUUCAUGUCUUAGUAAUCACGUUCAGAUUGUAUGAGUUUUCUUUUUUUUAUUUUUUUUUGAAGUCUCAUUUUCUUAACGCAUCACCAGGGGUGUAAAAAGUACUCAGAAAUGAUGCUUAAAAUGAUCGGUAUUUCUCAAUUCGCACUCAUAGUUCUGAAUGAAUACACCACAUCUGGUUGAGCGCUUACAUAUAGUCUAGUCGCACAAGUUGAACUAUUUCAAUGCAUCCGAAGCUCAAAUCAGAUCCAAACAUUCUGCAUCCGCAUACUGAUGGAACUCCACACAGCUCCUGUGCGACUCUUCAUUAUAAAUGACUGACCUCCGGUCUGUUGUCUGUCGUUUGUCAUAUGCAGUGAAAAGGCGGCUUUAGUUCAGUAAAUGAUCUGCAAAAUUGUAACAAAUAAAAUUAUAAGGAGUAAAAAGUAGUAUUUUUUUCCUUUGGAAAUGUAUUUAAGUAAAAAUAGAAGUAUUCCGUUUAUAUUGUAAUUGAGUAAAUUACAAAUCCCCCAAAAUAAUAAUUAAGUAUUUUAAUGAAGUAAUAAUACUGAAGUACUUUACACCCCUGUGCAUACCAUUUAUUUGAGAUAACAUUUACAUUCAUUUAGAAUUUUUAAAUCCACGUCACAUUUAUUCACAAAACUUUUGCACUUAAAGGGAUAGUUCACCCAUAAAUGAAAAUUCAGUCAUUAUUUACUCACCCAUGUGUUAUUCUAAACCCAUAUGACUUUCUUUCUUUUUCGGUACACAAAGGGAGAAAUUUUGAAAAAAUAUUCUGCUCACUGAGUGCUUUCACAACAAAUUGGGCUAAUUUGAAAGCACAAUCGCUUGUUAAAAUCAUAGUUUCACGGGUUGCAUUUUUGGGAUUUUUAAAAAAUGGACCGCAGUCAUCAAAGGUUUGAUGGUAAGAACUAAAGAAUGAAAUUACAGUCUUAUUCAUGUAUAAUGAUUAUUUUAAUAUCGAGCAACUGCACCAGCACACCGUUGUCUUAACAAUAAGCGCACUGCCAACUAUGCACCAGUAUUAAUACAGUCAGCAAAAUGUUUUCCACAAAUAUAACAUUCACACGCAUGAUACCUUGUUUCCUGCGAUUGUUGCUGUGUAAAUACAUAUGUGCAGAUGCAGCUUCUGUGUAAAGAUGGACAGCUCUCGAUAAGCAUUUUGUGAGUCAGAUUCACAUCAGAAACUUGCAGAAUGAAGAACUGUUGGGAAAUAGCAGUUAUUAACGGCAAUAAUAUGAACAAGUAAAAUAUGUUAGAAAGUACUGCAAAGACUGAAAGAGGAAAAAGGACUUGAAGUAGAUCAGAGGUGUUCCAAAUGAGAACUGAAAAAUGUGAUAUAAAUACCUACUUAAAAUUUUGUGGCUUAUAGACGUAUGGGCAGCUAGUUUAGUGUGAGAUGUAUUGUAACAUACAGGCAUAUUAAUUAUAUCUCACUUUUAAAAAAACAUCUCAUACGAUGUGAAUCACAAAAAAUAUAAAAACAACAAUUAAAAAAAAUGAACAAAGGAUGAGUAAAAGAAUCAAAAGCACCCAAAAAUAAAAAUGUGUGUAAUGAAAGAGAUAGAAAAUUACAGUUAAUAUGGAAAUUAGCAAGCAAGCCUAGUUCAAAUUAACAUACUAUAUUAUUGUCACAUGACCUCACUAUAUUGUUUAAUUUCUGCUUGUGGUAUCCAGUUUAUUUUGUGCCAAAAUGCAUUAUUCAUUGUCAGCCCGAUCAAAUAAUGGGUUAAGAAGAAGAUUAAAAUGUUGUUAAAAUUGUAGCUGACCACAAACUGCCUUGUUUUCUUUCUGCCUUCCAUAAAGAAAAACAUUAGUGUCCAACUCCACAUCUAAUUUAAAGAAACUAGCUAUUCAAAUUCACUUUGGUUCACAGUGAUUCAGAUGAGAUAAUAAUGACAUAUCACACAAAAUUCUUACAAUUGUGCCUUGCCUUUGUAAAUAUGCAUUUUAAAAGUAUUCUGAAUGCGUUCAUUUUUAUGUGAUGUAUUUAGAAUACAUUAAUGAAUACAUUUAAGAGAGAGUAUUUAGUAUGCAGCCCAGAAUACUUUUUGUUUUUAAAGUAUUCUUCCCAAUCCUGCAUGCGACUCAUGCCUUGUGCUGAAGGCAUAUGCUAAUAAUUUUUGAAGCAAAACAAAGUGGUUUCUCGCUUAAACGUCCCAUCUCGCGAACAUGGUGAACUGCUGCUCUCGUGCACUCUCAUGAAUGUGCACAUGAUAGCAACGGUCAGUAGUGAUUUUAACUAAAUAAUUCUUUAGAUUUCGGACCUUAUAGUAUGCCUUCAGAACAAGGCAUGAGUUGCAUGGAAUAAUUUGUUAGACUUCUGGGCCCGUAUUCACAAAAAAUCUUAAGGCUAAAAGUAGGUCCUAACGUGAAAAUUUAGGAGCAACUCUUAAAAAUUAGGGGUGUGUCACUCCUAAUUUUAGAACUCGUAAAAUUGUAAUCUAAGAGUAAUUCAUGAAGCAUUUUAACGCUAAAAUAGCUCGUAAACCCACGACAGCUUAGAAGGCCUCCUGAUGACUUCUAACUCUCUAAGAGCAGGGCCGCAUUAAUGCACAGGCUUACCUGGGCUUAAGCCCCGGGGCCCGCGGUAGCAGGGGGGCCCCGAACUACCGGGGUGGGGCCCAGUCGUGGGAUUUUCCUUCUAUGUUCUUGGUAAAGACGCUGAUGUAAACACAUCGGCUAAGGGUGCGCAAUGGCUAAACCCGUCCGUGUAGUGCAUGUAGUGCAAUUUAAAAGAGUACACUAAUAAAACAUGAUGUCAUCCAUAGCAACGAGGUCAACUCCACCUUAUUCUUAUUUUAAAAUUUCCUUAGGAAAACUUGCUCUUAGCAGUUUUGUGAAUAGGUUUUAAGCAAAAACUCCUAGCUAGGAACUCUUUGAAGAACUCAUAGUGGUGAGAUACAAAUCUUUGUGAAUAUGGGCCCUUCAUCAUACGUUUUUGGUAUUUUGAAGCUUAAAGAGGUGGUCACUAUUCACUGCAAUUGUAUGACAUCAGUGAGCAGACUAUUAUUUUUUUUAUUUCUCCCUUUGUGUACCAUAAAAGAAAGAAAGAAAGUCAUAAUGACUGAAUUUUCAUUUUUGGGUGAACUAUCUGUAUUUAAUUAUCAGUACAGGCUCAAUCCCAUAACCACUCAUUAUUGACGUUUUUUCUUCUGUAAUGUUAGUCACAUUGUAUUUUUGCAUAUGCACAGGCCAGUUCAGUUGGUACUAACAGAAAGAUGAUUUUUUUAAUGAUUAUUUUUUAUCAAACAAGAUUUAGUAAAAUAUGCACUAUGGCUCGUAUGGCUACGAAAUGAUAUAAGCAAUGUGCAUUUUCUGGAAUACUUAUUAUAAAUGCUGGAGUUGGCAGCAAUAGUACUUUGACAAAGAAAGAAAUAAUAUAUUAUAAUUAGUCAAAAUAUUCUCUCCAAAACUGCUGCUUUCUCCAGUAUACACCAGUGGCUUAACUAUGAGAGGAAAAUAGGGGCCCAGAGACGCUGUGGCCAAAGAAGUGUAGUCUGAGGGAUCUUUUAUAAAAAUAAUAAAGUAUUCAUAGAGUUUAUCAAUCAAGUGCACUUUGAUGUGACUAUUAAAAGAUCAAUUAUCAGAUUUGAA